UUCUUAUUCAUAUUCAUGAUUUCGUUUUCUAUUUUUCACUUUUUCUUUCUUAAAUUCUCCUUUUCUUCUUCUCUGCUUGACUCUCUUUCUCCAACUAGUCAAUUCCUCUUUCUCUUUCCGCAAGGAAACUUCGUUUGGCCCAAUUUUCUUGAAUAAUGUCUGGGAAAAGGAAAAGGAAGAGGAAGUUGAAAUCGUUGAGUGAUACCAAUACAGACAGCGGAAGAGCAGCAACGGAGGCGGAAAAUGAAAAUUUGGAGUUGCAAACAUGGUCCGAUCUUCCUACUGAACUCUUAGAAUCAAUAUUGUCCCGUUUAAGUCUAGAUGACAAUGUUCGUGCUUCAGUUGUUUGCAAGAGUUGGCAUUCUGUUGCCACUGCUGUAUGUGUGGUAAUCCCGUCACCGUGGCUAAUGUAUUUUCCAAAAUUUGAUGACUGGUAUGAAUUUUAUGACCCUGUCAAGCGUAAAACUUAUUCCAUUGAGUUGUCAGAGUUGAGUGGAGCUAGGGUUUGUUAUACAAAAGAUGGUUGGUUACUGCUAUACCGGCCCAGAACACACAGCGUGUUCUUCUUCAAUCCCUUUACUCAGGAGAUUAUCAAACUGCCAAGAUUUGAGAUGUCAUACCAGAUAGUUGCCUUCUCUUGUGCUCCAACAUCAUCUGACUGCAUUCUGUUUACUGUUAAGCAUGUUAGUCCUACUGUUGUGGCCAUCAGUACAUGCUACCCUGGGGCAACAAAAUGGACCACUAUUAGUUACCAAAACCGCUUGCCCUUUGUCAGUAGCAUAUGGAAUAAGCUUGUGUUCUGUAAUGGACUCUUUUAUUGCCUGAGUCUCACAGGUUGGCUAGGGGUGUUUGACUUAUCUGAACGCACGUGGAAUGUUCUUUCAGUACCUCCACCCAAGUGCCCAGAUAACUUUUUUGCCAAAAAUUGGUGGAAGGGAAAAUUCAUGAUAGAACAUGAGGGAGAUAUAAUAGUAAUUUAUACAUGUUCAAGUGAAAAUCCCAUUAUUUUUAAGCUAGAUAAGAUGUUAAUGGAAUGGGAAGAGAUGACAACACUGGAUGGAGUAACUCUUUUUGCUAGUUUCUUGUCUUCUCAUUCAAGGACUGAUCUCCCUGGAAUAAUGAGAAACAGUGUCUACUUCUCUAAAGUUCGUUUUUAUGGAAAGCGUUGCAUAUCAUUCUCUCUUGAUGACUAUAGAUACUAUCCUCGUAAGCAGUGUCAUGACUGGGGAGAACAAGACCCUUUUGAAAACAUAUGGGUUGAACCACCGAAGGACUUUGCUGGGUUCACGUGAAGAACUUUAGUGAAACAAGCAGUGACAUUUUCAUCCAGCUGUCUUGCAUGGCAUUCAUCAUCCAGAGCAUGACCAAUUCAAGUUUCCGUUAAUCAAUCUUUUGGGCUAUUGCAGUUCGUUAGUGAAGCUCAUAUGGAAGCAUAUCGAAGGCAACGUCUUUACCAUAUAAUAUGUGAGGCUACUAAGUGAAGAAUCACAUCUAUAAUCUGUUGGGGGAUAAGCUUAGAUAUAUCCCCUUUGAUUCCCUUGUCUCAGCUGAUGUAGAAUUUUAAAGAUUUUUCCCAACACAAUAGCGAUCUAGUGCUUAUGCAGAAUAAUUGGAGUUCAUUCUAGAAUUACCUAGAGAUUUGUUGACAUUUAUUAUCAUGAUUGUUAUUCGUCUUUAA